AUGGACUGGUUCAAGUUACAGCGCUUUGAGAAGGCCUUCAAUACCACCUCCACCAGAAUGGUCACCAAGAAAGGAGUGAACUUUCUGUUGGUCAACAGCGUGGCGUUGCAUGGUGACGGUUGUCCUAUCUGCCAAUCAGUGGAGAAACAGCUUCACACACUGUCCAGGGACCUCAACUGUUCACUACUACAGAAUUCUGAGUCCAGCAUUAUAAGAGAAUACUGCCAAGACGCGUGGACCUAUCCUUCCACUACACCUAUCAUCCUGCAGCAUUACCCUCUGUACCGGGUGAGUGAUGCGGGCUGUACGGGUCGGGAUGCUGCUCCUCCUGAAGAGCGCCACCUGCUGUUCAGAGAGAAGUACGACGUGCUGUCUCAGGAGGCCUCUCACAGGCUGCUGCAGUGGUUUAAGCCCCGCCUGGUUCUCAGUGGCCACACCCACAGUGGUUGUCAGGUUCUCCAUGACAACAAGUACCCAGAGAUCAGUGUUCCGUCCUUCAACUGGAGGAACCGCAACAACCCCAGUUUCAUACUGGGUUCGUUCUCCUCCAGUGGUUAUGGCCUGUCUAAGUGUUUCCUUCCAGAGGAGAGUACAGUGAUAGCCCUCUACUGCUCUACAGGAGCCAGCCUCCUCUUCCUCCUCCCUCUGGUCCACUGCCUGUGGAUGCGAGGCCUUCUCCGAUGCCUCAUCCUCUGUCCAAUCAGCAAACACAAGUUUCUCUGACGGUCUCAGGUAGAGGUUGUCCCUGACUGCUGAAUGAUACAGGGUGAGAUAUGGGCUACAUCCCAUCUCAAAUGGCACCCUAUUCCCUAUUAAGUGCACUACUUUUAACCAGGUUAGCCCACAGGUGCUCUGGUAAGAAGUAGUGUACUACGUAGGGAAUAGGGCGCAACUUGGGACGCAGACACGCUGUCCUCCCCCUAAAGCAGGGGUGGCUGGUGCUCCUGCCCUGGGAGGCUGCUGUGGGUUUGCAGGGUUGUGCUCCACCACAGCACUGACUGACAUGUUCAUGUGAACACAGGACCAAGUCUUGCUGGUUUGCUGACAGGUUUGUUAGAGUAGGGCUGAAACAAAAGCCUGCACACCCAGUAGCCUUCCAAAAGGAAAAUUGGUCAUCCUAUUGGGAGGUAAAGUAAUCUGACUCUAGAUCUGUAGUUAAGGACAGCCUCUACCUGGAGAGAACCUGUGUGACCCCCUCCCCCCCACAGAGACUUGGACGUUUUUGAAAUUCUGUAUUUUUCUUUCUUUAAAGCUGUGAAAUUCCACAUUCCAAAAAGAACAAAGAACAGAGUUCAGGAUAGAGAACGGGGGUCAAGAUGGAGAACAGGGGUCAGGAUAGAGAACAGGGGUCAGGAUAGAGAACAGGGGUCAGGAUAGAGAACAGGGGUCAGGAUAGAGAACAGGGGUCAGGAUAGAGGUCAGGGGUCAGGAUAGAGGUCAGGGGUCAGGAUAGA